ACAACAGUUUGAGCCUCUUCUGUUCGCUGACCGCCUCAAGCUCGUGACGUGAUCUUGGACAGGAAAACAGUGCUAGCGGCAGAAGUACUUUGCCGUGCUGCAUCAGGAUGGCGGCAUUUUUGUUUUAGUAGUAUUAUCGUUUUUGCGAAAAGCGUUUCCUUCCUUCUCCGUCAUUGUCCGGGGGAAAAACGAAUGACAGCAGACGGUUCUGCUGCAUCUUUUUCUGACCAAGUGACCACUUUUACACAGUCAUCCAACUAUUAGAUGUGCCAUCGAUGUUAAUCAGGAGAAGCCACCAUGUCUUGAGUACAGAAGGGCCCACUAGAGGCCUCUACCCCCACCAUGGACCAACUUCCCCCUCCACCAUCCAUCACCUCAGCCCUACUGCUGGCCCCGCUCUAGUCCCUAAUCUCCCUGCACAUGUGAGGAACAGGCUUCCCUGCCCUGGCUCCGCACUGGGCCACCCCUCUGGUCCUCCCGGAGAGAUGAGCCUGCCCAAGCACCAUCAGUUUGGUAGUGGCAAAGGCGGAGUAAUGGGCUCUGACAGGGAUCUGCAAUCCACUGCCUCCUCCAUUUCGCUGUCCUCUGUGAAGAAAGCUCCCAAGAAAAGGCGCCUGUCCCUGGCUUCUCUUUUUAGGUGGCGAGGACGGGAGGCCAAAUCAGUUCGCCAAAAGUCUCGUGACCUGCCAAACCCUGCUCCAGGUGGGCUUACAGGAGUGGACAGUAUUGCUAGCGUUGAGAGCAUCCACUCCGAGAUGUGCUAUGAAAAAACCUCUGCCUUCUUCACUGUGACUGGGACAGAGGCUCCCUCUGCUGCUUUUGUUGCUGCCUCCACCUCGUCUGCCUCGGGACCUUGUGUAUCGGCCUCCACCCCCUCUUCUGCCAAGCUGGGUAGUGGAGUUGGGGUGGAGUGUUUGGAAUGCCCUCUGUGCCUUCUGCACCACCCUAAGGAGAGUUUCCCUGACAUCAUGACUUGUCACCACCGGUCUUGCAUUGACUGCCUACGGCAGUAUUUAAGCAUUGAAAUCUCAGAGUCGCGUGUCAACAUUAGCUGCCCCGAGUGCUCAGAGCGUUUCAAUCCAUAUGACAUCUGCAUGAUUCUUGGUGACCGGAGUCUGAUGGAGAAAUAUGAAGAAUUCAUGCUCAGAAGGUGGUUGGUGGCUGACCCUGACUGCCGGUGGUGUCCAGCGCCCGACUGUGGGUAUGCAGUUAUUGCCUUUGGUUGUGCUAGCUGCCCUAAAAUCACAUGUGGGAGGGAGAGUUGUGGUACAGAGUUCUGUUAUCUUUGCAAGCAGCUGUGGCACCCCAACCAAACCUGCGACGCAGCACGACAGCAGAGAGCCCAAAGCCUUCGCCUGAGGACAGUUCGCUCAUCAUCCCUCAGCUCCAGCCAAGACAGUGGAGCCACAGCCGAUGACAUCAAGCCAUGCCCACGCUGUGCCGCUUAUAUCAUUAAAAUGAAUGAUGGCAGCUGUAACCACAUGACUUGUGCUGUCUGCGGCUGUGAGUUCUGCUGGCUUUGUAUGAAAGAGAUCUCAGACCUACAUUACUUGAGUCCGUCAGGUUGUACCUUUUGGGGGAAGAAACCAUGGAGUAGAAAGAAGAAGAUUCUUUGGCAAUUGGGAACACUGGUUGGUGCCCCUGUUGGCAUUGCACUGAUCGCCGGCAUAGCUAUCCCUGCCAUGGUUAUUGGCAUCCCCAUCUAUGUAGGAAGAAAGAUUCACAAUCGCUAUGAAGGUAAAGAUAUCUCCAAAGACAAGAGGGCUCUUGUGAUUGCAGGUGGCGUGACGCUGUCUGUCAUUGUGUCUCCACUGGUUGCAGCAGUCACUGUUGGCAUUGGAGUUCCCAUAAUGCUUGCAUAUGUUUACGGUGUGGUGCCCAUCUCUUUGUGCCGGAGUGGGGGCUGUGGCGUGUCUACAGGCAAUGGAAAAGGUGUUCGGAUAGAAUUUGAUGAUGACAAUGACAUGAAUGUCGCCACUGGGACAGCAGCCACUGAUUCCACGUCUGUGGCAGACACUCGAAACAAUCCCAGUAUCAGCGAAGGCAGUGUUGGGGGUCUGACAGGCAGUUUGAGUGCCAGUGGCAGCCAAAUGGACAGGCUUGGGGCUAUGAAGGACACCCUCAGUGAGACAGCAUCCACUACAGCCCUUGCCGGAGCAAGCAUCACUGGCAGCCUCUCCGGCAGCGCCAUGGUCCACUACCUAAGCAGGUUGGAAGUGCAAGCUGAUGUGCAAAAGGACCAUUGCAGUCUCAGCGGUGAAUCUGGUACUGUCAGCCUUGGUGUCAUCAGCGACAAUACGAGCACGAAAGCCAUGGCUGGAUCUAUUAUUAAUGCUCACAUUCCCCUUGACAGAGAUGCGACCAGUAUGGAAGUCCAGGUGGAUAUUGAAUCCAAGCCUGCCAAGCUACGCAACCACAGUGGCAGCAGCAGCAUGGAUGACAGCAGUCACGUGGGCCGCUGUGGCUGGACCUACCCAUCUAACGACUGCUUGACGUCGGAGGGCCGAGGAACAUUCGCCAAGUGCCUGUCUUCUUCCAACUCGGGAGGCAAAAAGAACAAAGGCAAACCGCAGAAGAAGGGGGACAGAGGUACAAAGAUCAAUGAUACAAGGGAGGACAUGGAUGCUCAGCUUUUGGAGCAGCGUAGCACCAACUCUUUGGAGUUUGACUCUCCUUGUCUGAGCGGCAGUCUGCCCUCCGUUUCAGACUCCCAUUGCAGCCACUUCUCAGAGUUCAGCUGCUCGGAUCUGGAGAGCAUGAAAACGUUGUGUUGCCAUGGCUGUGGCGGAGGCAACUAUCAUACCCGCUUCGCCGCCGUCAGCCCCUUACCUGAGGUGGAGAAUGACAGGCUGGAGACCAGCCCCGCUUCACGGGCCCCAUCCCAGGUUGCCCGCUCGCCUCCCUCCUCCCCGGCUCAUGCUGCAGAGCUCUCCUCCCUCCGCUUCAUCGCAGAGAACAUCAGCCUGGUGUGUCCCACUGAGUGGGAAUCUCAGAGAAACACUUCACAGUUCCUAAAAAAAAGCAACAACAAUCACCACCCAAUACAACAUAGCAAUCAAACUCAGCACAGGAAUCAAUGUAUGCAGACUGACGUAUAAAAUAUCAAAAUCACAAGUGUUGCAUAGAUUCUCCACCUUUUCAGUCGGUCAAGUAACAACCUUCAGAUCAGCAGAAAUCGGUUCAUGAAAAAAGAUGCUCUGUCAUCAUUGGUGGUGGGAGGUUUGAGAUGAAACCACUGUGCCACCUUGGAUCAGUGCCACAGUCUUGUUGUUCCUGUGAAGAGAUGCUGCUCUGUUGAAUUGUGGGGUGCUUCUUUAGAGGCCGUGAUUGAGAACAGAGGGAGUCACUUUGACUUUGGAUGCUAGAAUUCCAUGAAAUGCUUUGGAAUGUUUGAUCAUGCCUCAUUAAGGAGCAAGAGAGUGUGGUUAGGUUUUUUUUUUUUUUUUUGCGUGCGUUUGUCUACUCAUGGUGCCUUUAAAAACAGUAUGUGUUCUCCGUAUAUCUCGCUCUCUCCUGUUUGUGUCUCAAGACCUCCCUGACAAUGACACAUUCCAUACUGAAGAAUGUGGCUUACUUUAAUUACCAAUUCAGAGCUAAGUUAAACCUGCUAAAUGAACACAUUGCAAUUGCCUACCAAAGACAGCACUCAGGCUCUUUGAUUUGUUGCCAGCGGACACACUGGGGCGCUUUUUUUUUUUUACAGCAAUGAACAAUCCAUAUUUUCUACACACCUGCAGUGUUGCCUGUUUUUCUGUAAUAUUGUUAAUCCACAAGGUUCUAGACAUACUGCAUGCUGUUGCGAUUUGUCUUCCUUGUUAAUUUCCUCCACUGUUGUGUUGCCUAUCAGUGCUGCUACCCAGACUUGUGUUAUUUUUUAUUUAUUUUUUUGCUCACAGCCGUUUCACCUGACCUUAUGCUCAAUGGUUGCACCAUUUAGGUGGCUACAAGCAGUUUGAAUUGUAAUUGGACCCAGAAAUGUUACUGAAUCAACUUUUUCAUUCCAUUGAGUGAAGCUACAUGCCACAACCCACAACAAAUUUCACUAUCACCAAAACUGGUCCUGACUUAAACACAUUUGUGCCAGAUGGAGUUGUGGAGAGUAUUGUAGUUAUUUGCUUCAGUACAGAUGUGUAAGUGCAUAUCAAAUUCCAAAAUAAAAAACACAUUUGGUUCUCAUGUUUACAGAAUUGUGUCCUUCUGAAAUAGUUUUGUUUUUUUAAUGCCAUUUUCAAAACUGAGAAUGGAUCCAAAGCGUCAAAAUGUUCUACUCAUUCAGGACACUUGACAAUGUCAAUUUCACAUUAAAAAAUGUGUUUAUGUGACACACUAAAGUCAUUUGAAUUUCUGAUUGGUUUGAGUCUUGAGUAUUCUUCAGUUUAAUCAUCAUGACAACAUUGGAUUGUUCUGAUUGUGGCUUAUACAUUAGUGGAGUCAUCCCAGCGCUACAAUAAAUGUUUUAGAUAUUUCAACUUAACUGUAUCAUCUUAAAUCAUGCACCACUUUGAGCUAUUUGAACAUUAACAUUUUAUUGAAAUUAAGGCGCAAACAUUUUCUGCUCAAUCAGAUGCAUUUAUGGUCAGCGCCAGCUUUUUUUUUAAAUUCCACGUCUAAGUAUUCUACAUCUUAAUACAUGGAUGGCCACAGCAUUUCAGCUCAUCGUGCCAGCUCUCAGAAUUUUCCACUCAUUUAUUUAGGAUUUUUAUUUGGAGCAUGAAUGGCUUUUUGAAUGGAAGUCCUGAUUGUGAAGCAGGGAGAGUGUGAACCACUACGCCAUCGAAGGUUACUUUAAAAAAACAAAAACAAGACAAA